AUGGAUACUAGGACCCGAUCCCACGACGAUUAUACGGUUGGAUGGAUAUGCGCCUUGCCGGUGGAGACGGCGGCUGCAAAGCUGAUGCUGGACAACAUACACCCGCUUUUGCCUCGCCUGCCGAUGGACCAAAAUGCUUACAUUUUUGGAAGCAUCGGGGAACACAAUAUCGUUAUUGCUACUUUACCGACUGGCGCAUAUGGAAGUACAUCAGCCGCAACAGUUGGGAUGCAGUUACUCUCUAGUUUCCACGCGAUCCGCUUCGGUUUGAUGGUUGGUAUCGGCGGCGGAGUACCAAGCAGCAAUGCAGACAUUCGACUUGGGGAUAUUGUAGUGAGCCAACCAACGGACACCUCUGGAGGCGUGAUCCAGUACGAUUUGGGUAAAGCGCUCAGCGGCGGCCAAUUCAAGCGAACCGGAAUGCUUAAUCGGCCUCCUAAGGUUAUGUUGACCGCUCUCGCGACUCUCCAAGCACAUCACCUCACAGAAGAUAGCCGGAUCGUGGAAUUUGUUUCCAAUCUGCAAGCCAAAUUAGCGCUCCACAAAGCUGCCAAGUUCACGCGACCGACACAAGAGGACUCUCUAUUCCAGGCAGGGUAUGACCAUGUAGCAUCCGAUACGUGUAUGGAUUGCGACCGAUCCAAACUCUUUUCACGACCCUCACGAGAGCACCAAGAACCAGUCAUCCACUACGGACCCGUAGGAUCUGCAAAUCAAGUGGUGAAAGAUGGCUUGCACCGAGAUCAGCUGGCUCAGGACCUAGGGUUGUAUUGUGUGGAGAUGGAAGCGGCUGGACUCAUGAAUGACUUUCCAUGCCUCGUCAUUCGGGGGAUCUGUGACUACGCUGACUCCCACAAGAAUAAAGAAUGGCAAGGAUAUGCGGCAGCCGUGGCGGCGGCCUAUGCGAAGGAGCUUCUCUUGGUCGUUCCAGUCGAUCAAGUUCAGAGUGCCCCAAUAGCACGUGACACUCUAGCAGACUAUAGUGAGAGACAAGAGAUGAAAUCUCCUAAAAGCUUGACCACGGAGGAGCAUUCAACCUUGACAUUCAACAGCGGUGGAGGGUCCCAGACCAACAACGUGAAUAGCGGCAUUGGUCAGCAAAUCAACAACAAUGCUCAUGUUGGAACUCAAUAUAUCCAGUCCGUCACCCUCAGGCAGAAAGAAGACUUUAGCUUUCGCAGACCCGUCGGCGUCUAUCUCGGUCAGGCGCCCUACAUCGCCUCUGAACUCUUCGUCGGUCGUGGCUACGAACUUGAUGAGAUCUCAAGAAUUCUACACCCUGAUCACAAGGCUCAAAGGCAACGGCGCAUAGUCCUCGGUGGUAUGGGUGGUAUUGGCAAGACCCAGCUUGCCAUCGCCUACGCAGAGUCUGGCCGUGGAUCUUAUGACUCGGUAUUCUGGCUUAAUGCAGUAUCUGAGGCCGCAUUGAAAGACAGUUUCCGAUCGAUAGCAAGCCUUAUCUUCGACAUCGAGGAGCCUGGAGUAUCAGAGGAUAAAGAGAUUGUGAGACGCAUACAUCAAUGGCUCUGUACUCCCAAAAAUACUGGAUGGUUAUUGAUCUUUGAUAACUACGAUGACCCCGCCCAGUUUCGGAUUGAAGACUUCUACCCCUUUGCUUCUCAUGGGGCUAUUAUGGUCACCACUCGUCGACUAGAUCUCGUUGCUGGCGCCCCUCUCGACAUAAAGCCUUUUCAGAAUAUUGAAGAUAGCCUCGCAAUCCUCCAAACCCGAUCAAAACGAGAUAAUGUUCAAUCAGUACCGCUAGAUCCUCAUGCAAAGCGCCUUGCAGAGCGACUUGCAGGUCUUCCUCUUGCUUUAGCCACCGCCGGGACAUAUCUUCAACGUAGUACCUUUACUUUCGAACGCUACCUUCAAGAGUAUGAGAAACGUUGGAACAUUAGCCCUCGCCAACCCCUACAGCUCCAGGAGUAUCAGGAGCGUACACUCUACACAACCUGGGAUCUGUCAUACUCUCGCCUAGAAAAGGGAGAUCCGGACGCGGCGAAAUUACUAAAACUACUCGCUUACUUCGGUAACCAGAGACUUUGGUAUGAGCUUUUUCGUGCCGGACUCACCGAUAGGUCUCCCGAAUGGCUUCGUGAAGUGGUCACAGAUGACGUAGAUUUCAACGACGUGAUGGGAGUCUUGGUCGGAUACUAUUUCCUGGACGUUCACCAGACGUCAGAUUCAUGGAGCAUGCAUAACUGCGUGCACGACUGGACAUUAGCAGCACUCAAUAAGGAAAUCGACGCAACGUAUUAUUGGUAUGCCUUUGACUGCAUUUCUGCGCCUAUAAACGAUAAAGAUAUGAAUGAUUUUGCAAAGCUUUCUUACUCUCCAUUGGCUGCUCAUGCCACGCGGUUAGUGCAACAGCGGCUGUGCCAGAACGAUGAUAUAUAUAACAUUACGCCUAAUCGACUCGACCAAGCUUCGCUGAUUGCUAACCUACUUCGACUCCAAGUACUUCUUUUUGCUGGCGAGCAGAUGUACCAGCGGGCACUAGCUGGGAAGGAGAAAGCGCUCGGACCGGACCACACAUCGACGCUCGACACUGUCCACAAUCUCGGGAUUCUAUAUCGGAACCAAGGCAAGCUGGACCAGGCGGAGCAGAUAUACCUGCAGGCGCUAGCUGGGAGGGAGAAAGCGCUCGGACCGGACCAUACGUUAACACUCGAGACUGUCCACAAUCUCGGGCAUUUAUAUCGGGAUCAAGGAAAGCUAGACCAGGCGGAACAGAUGUACCAGCAGGCGCUAGCUGGGAGGGAGAAAGCGCUCGGACUGGACCAUACGUCGACACUUGAGACUAUCAAUAAUAUCGGGAUUCUAUACUGGAACCAAGGCAAGCUAGACCAGGCAGAGCAGAUGUACCAGCGGGCUCUGGCUGGGAAGGAGAAAGCGCUCGGACCGGACCACACGUCGACGCUUAGCACGGUUAACAAUCUCGGGGUUUUAUAUCGGGACCAAGGAAAGUUGGACCAGGCGGAGCAGAUGUACCAACAGGCGCUAACUGGGAGGGAGAAAGCGCUUGGACCGGACCAUACGUCGACGCUUGAGACUGCCAACAAUAUUGGGAUUUUAUACUGGAAUCAAGGCAAGCUAGACCAGGCAGAGCAGAUGUACCAGCGGGCUCUGGCUGGGAAGGAGAAAGCGCUCGGACUGGACCACACAUCGACACUUAGCACGGUCAACAAUCUCGGGGUUUUAUAUCGGGGCCAAGGCAAGCUAGGCCAGGCGGAGCAGCUAUACCAGCGGGCGUUAGCUGGGAAGGAGAAAGCACUCGGACCAGACCACACGUCGACGCUUGAGACUGUCAACAAUCUUGGGGUUUUAUAUCGGGACCAAGGCAAGCUGGACCAGGCGGAGCAGAUGUACCAGCGGGCGCUAGCUGGGAGGGAGAAAGCGCUCGGACCGGACCACACGUCGACGCUUGAGACUGUCAACAAUCUUGGGGUUUUAUAUCGGGACCAAGGAAAGUUGGACCAGGCGGAGCAGAUGUACCAGCAGGCGCUAGCUGGGAGGGAGAAAGCGCUCGGACCGGACCACACGUCGACGCUUGAGACUGUCAACAAUCUUGGGGUUUUAUAUCGGGACCAAGGCAAGCUGGACCAGGCGGAGCAGAUGUACCAGCGGGCGGGGCUACGGAAGGAGUAG